AGUCCAGGCUGGAUGGGUCAGUGGGAGGGUCUGUGCGCCUCAGCAUGAUGCUGCGUGGGCCUCACCCGCACCUCCUGCGUGCCCUAUGCCUGCGGGGCGCUGACGGGUCCCCUCCCGCCCCGCCCCCGCCCUGUCACCGCAGUAGAUAUAAGGCGGCCAAGCUCUGGGGCUCCACCUGGACGCUCCCCAGCCCUCCCACUGCCUGCGUCCUCAUGGCCCGGCACGCGACGCUGGUGGCCGUGGCCCUGGCGCUGCUCUUGCUGCUGGCUCCACGGGGCCUCGCGUGGUACAAGCCGGCGGCCGGGCCCAGCCAUUACUCGGUGGGCCGCGCCGCGGGACUACUGUCCGGCUUCCGCGGAUCCCCGUUUGCGAGGCGCUCGGAGCUCGCCGUCGGGACAGGCCUCCAGCGCCGCGCCGGCGCCUCCUCGGAGCUGCGGCCCAGCCUGCGGAGCCUCGCCGUGUGCGUCAAGGACGUCACCCCGAACCUGCAGAGCUGCCAGCGGCUCCCUGACGGCGGUGGCAGUGGCGGGACCUUCCAGUGCAAGGCGGAUGUCUUCCUGUCGCUGCGCGCCUCCGACUGUCAUCGCACCUGAGCCCCCCCGCCCCGCCCCAAAAUACCAACCUCGUUGGCCAGGUGGGUGCCCCCAACGCCCACUGCCAGCUCAGGGACCCCCAGACCUGCCUCGCGGGACGGCAUCCCUGACCCUCCCUCCCCGGCCCCGUGCAGUAUUCCGCCAAAUGAAUAAAGGAGAAGCUCCGUCAAGUCUU